AUGAUGCUAUCCGACCCUAGUCAUAAGGAUCCUAAUCUAUGGUGUGAGUAUCAUGGGAUGAACGACCAUCGGACUAGGGACUGCCGACAUCUGCGCGAAGAGGUAGCGACAUUGUUGAAAAAUGGCUAUCUCAGAGUGUUCUUAAGAGACCGGGCUAAGAAUAACUAUGGCUGUAACCGGUACAAUGCGGAACCCUCAAAAGAAGGAAAAGAUCCUCCUCGUCUAACGAUCAACAUGAUUUUCAGAUGGAACGAGAUUAAUGGUGUAACCUUUUUGGUAGCAAAAAAGACAAAGGUAUCGGUGACCCAUAGCAAGAGACUCUGGGAAGUAGCCGAAGAUGAUAUCACCUUCAUGGAGGAGGACGCAGAUGGACUCAUACUACCACACAAUGAUGCCUUGGUAAUGUCUCUUAAUGUUUUAGAUUUUAAAAUUAAACGUGUUUUGGUGAACCCAGGGAGUUCAGGCAAUAUUAUCCAAUUGAGAGUGCUAGAACAAACAAAGCUAACCGGAAGCAUCAUUCUGGCCACAAAACUCUUCGCCGGGUUCAACUUAGCAAGCAUGACAACCCGAGGGGAGAUUCUACUGCCAACGAAUGCCGAAGGGAUAAUGAAGACGACCUUGUUUGAAGUAGUAGACGACAAUAUGGGCUACAACAUUAUUCUUGGAAGACCAUGGCUACACGAGAUGAAGGCUAUGUCAUCAACAUACCAUGAAUUUCUCAAAUUCCCAACUCCAGAGGGGAUUAAAAAAAUAAGAGGAGAUUAA